AUGCCAGGAUUUUCCUUUGCGAACGUCCAACGAAACCUCAACCUUCAGAAGCAGGGUUUACAACUUCCCAAAACCCUCAAGACCGGUACCACUAUUGUGGGUGUUGUUUACAAGGAUGGUGUAGUUCUGGGUGCUGACACCCGAGCUACGGAGGGUAGUAUUGUGGCAGAUAAACAGUGCAAGAAGAUUCACUACAUGGCACCCAAUAUUAUGUGUUGUGGUGCUGGCACAGCAGCCGAUACAGAGGCUGUUACGAAUAUGACCUCUGCCAAUCUUACCCUUCACCGCCUCGAAACUGGACGACAAACACGUGUGCAUGAGGCACUCACAAUGUUAAAGCGACACUUAUACCGUUAUCAAGGUUAUGUGAGUGCUGCAUUGGUCCUUGGUGGAGUAGAUGUGGAUGGGCCGUUUUUGGCUACUGUUGCCCCACACGGUAGCACCGAUCGGCUUCCGUUUGUAACCAUGGGAAGCGGUAGCAUUGCUGCUAUGGCGGCACUGGAGACUGGAUAUAAGGAGAACAUGACACUUGAGGAGGCUAAAGAACUUGUUGCAUCAGCCAUCCGAAAAGGUAUCUUUAAUGAUCCUUACAGUGGAACACAAGUGGAUCUCUGUGUUAUUACGAAAAAUAAAACGGAGAUGUUAAUUGGGUAUGAUAAACCAAAUGAGCGCAAAUACCCAAAACAAGAGAUCAGUUUGCCUCCAGGGACGACACCAAUUCUUAGAGAGGAGAUACGACAGUUGGUGACCAUUACAGAUGUGGAGGGAUAG